AUGACGAAGAAUCCGGUGAAUCAUGGCCGCGCCAAGCACAUCGACAUCAAGUACCAUCACAUCCGUGAUGAGGUCAAGCGCGGUGAAGUGCAGCUCGAGUAUUGCGAGACUUCCGUGAUGAUGGCUGACAUCAUGACCAAAGGACUUUGUGGACCUCGUCACAAGGACUUGACGACGGCUCUCGGCAUUCGUGCGAGUUCGGAUUGA